AUGUGGAUAUACGCAAUACUUGCCUUAGCAAAGAUGAUAAUUGCUAAGGAAUGCAAAAACGAUGAAUGUGAAAAGGGAUGGCCUGGCGCAAUAUGUCGUGGUGGAAGGUGUGUUUGUCCACAGGAUAGUAUUAGAAGAAAAAGUGAUUCCAAUGGUUGGAUAUGUUUAUCGCUGAUAGAUGCUAGUACCGGCAUGCUUGGACCACCGUUUACAUGUCCAUUACCGGAUGGUGCCGGAUAUCGAUCGAUCUUGGUCCGUAACAAUGCACCGGUAUUUUGUCAUACACUGGAAGAGGAUAAUUGUCCGAAAGGAUAUGAAUGCAUACAAUCAAUUGGACUUAGCACUGCAACAGGAAACGGUGUUUGUUGUCCAAGAAAAGAGACAGCUUGUCUUCAGCCAGUUUGUCAAUCACAAGAUGGAUGGCUUGUUCGUUGGUAUUUUAACGGUGAAACAUGUGAAUCAUUCCGAUGGAAUCCGGAAGUUGAAACAAGCGCCAAUAAUUUUGCCACUAAACAACAUUGCCUAUCAUAUUGCGCAUUGAUAAAUAAUCAAUCAAUCUGA